AACUUCCCGUCUUGGAGCUGGCCUGUUUCAGUUAUUAGUGAAGUGGGGACAUUUCCUGGUAUAUUUGCGACACUGAAUUGCUUUCAGAGGGAUACCAGCAGAGCUACGCAAGUUUUCACUGUUUUGUGCAAGAGGAAAGCACCUGAGGGACUGAGACAAAGCGUGGGGUAGGGUGGGGAGCAGUGUGAGGACCCUUACCGGCCCCUGGAUUACCUCAGGGUUCCAGCAUUGGUUGCCAUGUCCCUUGUCGAGACUAUCCGGCUUUGGAGCGAGGGAGUGGCUGCAGCAGACCGCAAAGACUGGACGGCAGCCCUGGAAGCCUUCUCUUCGGUUCAAAAUCCUUCUUCCAAAAUCUGCUUUAACAUUGGCUGCAUCCACCUGAUCAUGGGACGUUUGGAUGAGGCACAGCAGGCCUUUAUCAGAAGCACUAACAAUGACAAACACUUAGCAGUGGCCUACUUCCAGCGAGGCGCUGUGGCUUACCAGAAGGAAAAUUACGAAUCAGCCGUUAAUGACCUAAAAGAGGCAUUUGCUCAGCUACGUGGGAACAACCUAAUAGAUUACAAGAUCCUAGGGCUGCAGUUUAAGUUGCUUGCUUGUGAGGUGUUAUACAACAUCGCUCUUGCCCAUGCCAAACUGGAGGAAUGGAAAAAAGCUGAGGAGCAUUUGACGAAGGCAAUACAACUGAAGGCUGGUGCCCGGCAGAGCAAAAUAGACAAGGCCAUGGAAUCCAUCUUGAAGCAAAGAUUCUUUGAGCCCCUAACGAUUCCUGAGGGGAAGUUGUUUCGGCCAAAUGAAAAGCAAGUGGCACAGCUGGGCAAGAAAGAUUUCUUAGGGAAAGCCAUGGUUGUGGCAUCUGUAGUAGACAAUGAUGAGUUUUCAGGCUUUGCUCCCCUUCAGCCCCAGGCAUCAGAACCACCUCCCAGACCAAAAAUGCCAGAAACCCUCAGGGCCCUGCAAGGACAGCCUCACAGAGUCUUGUAUGAAUUUAUACCAGAAACACCAGCAGAGCUUCAAGUCCUUCCUGGAAACAUUGUUUUUGUCUUGAAGAAGGAAAAAGACAAUUGGGCCACUGUUGUGUUUAAUGGGAAGACAGGGAUUGUACCAUGCAACUAUCUAGAACCAAUGGAAAUGAAAAACCAGCCUUUAGUCCAGGAGGAAAUCAGUGACAGUAUGGACAUUCCUGCUCCACCCAGCAUUACUGCUCCAGAACGACUUGACAGGCUUCCCCCAGGUCGGAGAAGCGCACCAAAGCUUGGCUCUGCCACUCCGUCAUACAUCAUCAAGGUACGUUACAAAUACACGGUAGCACUGCAAGCGAGCCCCGAGUUGUCUUAUACCAGCUUCAUAGAGAAGGUGUGCAAGAAGGUGGAGCUCUCACCCCAGCGCAUAAGACUGAGCUACCGGCCUUCAGAUGGUGAGGAUCUGGUGCUUCUGACUGAGGACAGCAUGAAGACACUGUGGAGUCAUGCAAAGAACUAUUGCUUGACAUUGUGGUGCAGCAACGAGGAGGCUGGCAAAGAUGAUCUAAGCCCGGAAGAUGGCAAGGAUGCUCAACAGAAGAUAUUAAAAGCAACGGAAGCAAACCAGGUUGUAGCACGAUAUACUUAUGAAGCCAGCCAGCCAGAGGACCUGGAGUUCCAAAAGGGAGACACAAUACUUGUUCUGGCUAAAGUGAACGAUGAGUGGUUAGAAGGCAAGUGCAAUGGGAAAGUGGGCAUUUUCCCUAAAGCCUUUGUUGAAGAGUACAACAGCAACAAUUCUCAGUCGGUUUCUGAAGAAUAACAAGUUCAAACCCACGAAGAAGUGAGGGGAUCCUGAUGCUCCCCGCCUCCCAAGGCAUCUCCCAGGCAUUUUAACAGCAUUUAACAACGUUAAGUUUGUUUUUUAAU